AGCUUAAGAGGACAACUUCUCUCCUUUGUUUCAAAUAUGGGGAAAAUGGCCUCUCUAGUUGCCACUCUUUUGGUUUUAGUUUCACUCAGCUUAGCUUCCGAAAGCUCAGCAAAUUAUCAAUACUCUUCUGCGCCACCACCAAAACAGCCAUAUCACCCUUCACCAACACCUUAUCACCCUGCACCAGUAUACAAAUCACCACCACCGCCAAAGAAGCCAUACUACCCUCCGCACACUCCAGUUUACAAGUCGCCGCCACCACCAACUCCAAUUUACAAGUCACCACCACCACCCAAGAAGCCACAUUACCCACCACACACCCCAGUUUACAAGUCGCCGCCACCACCAACUCCAGUUGACAAGUCACCACCACCACCCAAGAAGCCACAUUACCCACCACACACCCCAGUUUACAAGUCUCCACCACCACCAACUCCAGUUUACAAGUCACCACCACCACCCAAGAAGCCUUACUACCCUCCACAUACCCCAGUUUAUAAGUCACCACCACCACCCAAGAAGCCAUACUACCCACCACACGUCCCAGUUUACAAGUCACCACCACCCCCAACUCCCGUUUACAAGUCACCACCACCACCCAAAAAGCCAUAUGGUCAUCCUCCACCAACACCAUACCAUCCUACACCAGUUUACAAGUCGCCACCACCACCUAAGAAGCCAUAUGGUCAUCAUCCACCAACUCCAUACCAUCCUGCACCAGUUUACAAGUCGCCACCACCACCAACUCCAGUGUAUAAGUCACCACCAACUCCAGUGAAGCCAUACCACCCUCCACACACCCCAGUUUACAAGUCGCCGCCACCACCACCAACUCCUGUGUACUAUGGCGGGCCACCACCUAAGAACCAUCCUUCACCAACACCAUACCAUCCUACACCAGUUUACAAGUCUCCACCACCACCAACUCCAGUUUACAAGUCACCACCACCCGUGAAGCCAUACCAUCCUUCACCAACACCAUACCAUCCCGCACCAAUUUAUAAAUACCCACCACCACCAACUCCAGUCUACAAGUCUCCUCCACCACCCCACUAUCUUUACACUUCUCCUCCUCCUCCCUACCAUUACUAAGAAGCGACUUCAUGAAAUCUAAGGGAAAAAAGAAUGUUAAGCUAACUAAAGACAUAUUUCAUUUUCGAGAGACAAUGAAAAAAGGAAGAAAAAAGAGUAAAUAAUAAGCCCCACAGGAGGCGAAGCUCUUUUAUAGCUUGAAGUUAUCUAAGUUAGUGAUAUUUUGUUUGUAUCCUAUAUUUAUAUUUUACUUCUAUGUCUCUGUGUAUGUAUUCUCAGCUUCGAUCUCCUUGUAAUAGAGAUUAAGAGUUGAAUAAAAUAAGUUAUUACUAUA